UCUACAGUAAAGAUUAAAAUGCAGUAUAUAAUAAUAUAGUAUCAGUACAAUAUCAGAUAUCAAUGUGUCACUGGUGAAAGGGGUUAUAUUGAACUGAUAGCUCGCCUGUAUCAUGGAUUAGGUAACGUGUUGUCAGAUUACCUAGAUCAGUAGCUGUAUUUGGAACAUAUAGUAUGUCGGAGCACGGUAGACCCAAAUGUCUCGCCUUUCUACUCUUUGUCGUUUUUCUGGCGGGGAUAAUGAUGGCCGUCGCCGGAAUGGGGUCAGCUAGUGCCGUUGGUAUUGCGGGCAUUGUUUUUCUCAUCAUCAUUUUCAUCGUCGUCAUCGUCGUCAUCAUCGCCGUCAUCCGCUGGAGUCACAAGCAGCCGGAAUUACCUUCGGUGCCGGAGGGAUGGGUAGAGGCAGCGAACAUGAACCUAAAUUUACCAGCAUCCACUGUGACUUUAGAAGGAAGAAGCAUAACAUCUUCACAACCUUAUGAGAUGACACCCGGCAAUUGGAUACGUGCGAUGCAGUCUGGAGUAGUUGCCAUAGGAACACAGCCAGGGUAUCCUGAAGAUCCCACCCAGCUUUAUUCUAUAGCUGCACGGAACUUACUAAGCGCACCGUGGUGUCCUCCCUCUAUGCUAUCCGCUAACAACCCACCAGCCGCGUCAUCAAUUCCCUACUCCAAACCGGGAGCCACGUUUCCGGUAAACUACACGGCCCCUUACCCUGCACAACCAUCGACUGACAGUGAUAUGGGCGUGGUCAAUCCAACCUCCCAAGAGAACGACAUCGUCCCGCCCCCAUCAUAUAAUGACGUCGUAACGGGUAAUGGAAAAUACGACGAGGUCCCGGAAAUGAACCCGGAAAUGAACCCGGAAAUGAACCCGGAAAUGAACCCAGAAAUGAACCUGGAACUGGACCAACUUAGCUGAACAUCCAAAUGCUUUGCAAUCAGGCGAUCCAAUGUUUGCAAUUUUGUAUACUUUUUUUUAUUGUGUAGGGGUAGAUGAAAACUUAUUUUUAUACUGGUGCUAUAUCGUAAUUUAAUAUUUAUUUAUUGAAUGUGGCUAAUGUCGAACGUUUCAUACUCUUAAUCUGAUUUUUUUUGAAAAAUGAAAAGUAGCUGUAAAUUUAAAAUAUAUAUAUAUAUAUCAAGUCAAGUAAACUUCCAGUAACUCAUCUUAUUGGUUAUCAUGCCUAUUUUAAAUCGCCUUAGCAUUAACGUAAUUUUUUUCCUGAAAGAUAUAAAUCACGAAGUGUAGAGCAAGUAUACUGUAACGUGUAUCAGGAUCGUUGGUAUAGUAUGUCAUUCUAUCUAUACACACAUUAGAUUAAUUGGAACAUUUUCCCGUAAUAUUUGUUCCCAGUUUUUGUUUUGAAAUGCUCAAGCUGCCAUAAAAUAUCGCAGAACACUUUUGAUCCUGCGCAAGUUCUUUCUUCUUAGAAACUGCAAUGUUUCUAUUAACUGAUACUUAAUUUUACUUUUUGAUAUUACUCACAUAUCAUUCGAAUUAUGUACAAAUCUAUAUAAUAAUCAUAGACCUAUUAAAGGGAAAGUCCGUCCUGAUAUUAAAUUGUUUUAGUAGAAGC